AUGGCUCCUACCGGGUGCGCUGUCGGGAUCCUCAGGAGAAUCAGUGCGCACAACUACGAUAAGAUCAUAUACACCGGAACCUUCUACAGUGGGAACAAAACUGAGCAAUCUCAGUGCGGCAUCCGGCUGAAAACAGACAAGCCUCUCUGCGAGUACAGGAAGAAGGAAGACGCGGAGUACUACGCCUGCGUCCGACCCAAAACCCUUCCCUGCAGCACCCUGAGGACCAUGCGGUCCAGAAAUGGCCCAAUUUCUAACAUGACCAGGGAUGAGCGUUUGCUCCUGGGCCGGAAAUACACUGGGAUAAAAAUGAACAGCAGCUUUGGCCCUGUGAAAGUCAUCAGUUGUCCUGCAGGGACCCACAGACCGACUGAAAAGUGUGUGGCAGGGUUUGGAAUGACGUCCCCUUCACCGAGCGGCUACUUCUUUAAAAACAGAUGGUCUUCCUCCUCCUGCCGGACGAGCAACUUCUUCAGUGCGGACGCCAUCAGCAGAUGUCUGAAGGGAAGGAACCUGAAACUCAUGGGAGACUCCACUGUGCGCCAGUGGCAAGAGACACUCCUUAGAGUGCUAAAAGGUCUGAAAUAUGUAAAACCAUAUGAUACUCAUUACUAUGCCCUGGCUGCGGACCCACAAAGGAACAUCACUGUCCAGUGGAAGAUGCACGGGCAUCCUUUCGUCACUGGCUACAACGUGGUCAAAGAUGCCGUGGGGUACGUUGCCAGAGAAGUAGACAGAGUAGCGGUUGGCGACGUGGUGGUCAUUGGAGUGGGACAGCAUUUUAGGCUCUUCCCCCUGGAGAUCUUCGUCCAGAGGCUGAUCAACAUGCGUAAGGCCAUCCUGAGACUCCAUGAACGCAGCCCCCAGACCCUCGUCAUCAUCAAGCUGGAGAACACCAGGGAGUUCACCUCAGAGAUGACCCACAUGAGUGACUGGUUUGGCCUUGUGCAGAACCUGGCUCAGAGGAAGGUGUUCAGGGACCUGAAGGUGGUGCUGGUAGACGCCUGGGACAUGACAACAGCCGCCAACACCUUCGCCAUCCACCCUAACAGCAUUAUUGUUUCCAAUGAGAUAGCCUUAGCUUUGUCACACCUCUGUAAUGAUUAAUAGAGGUGCUUUCUGAAAGGAACUAUAUAGCAUGGGUUUCCAACUCCAUUUCUGUAGAGACUUUGUUUAACAAUCAGGGGGGAUUGUGUUACUAGGCUUGUGUUACAGUUUUAAAGUUUUUAAUUGUGUCUCUAAUAGUAAUAGUAAAUGUUUGAUUCUGGGGUGGUUAUUA